GAAAGCCAUAUUCUCAUCCACACUGGAGAAAAACAGUUUGAGUGUUACAUUUUCUCUAAAAUAUUUGCACGUAAAUCUUACUUGGCCCUUCACAAACUCAUUCACACUGGAGAAAAACAGUUUGAAUGUGACAAAUGUUUCAAAACAUUUGCACGGAAAUCUUACUUAGUAAAACAUAAUCUUGUCCAUACGAGAGAAAAGCACUUUAAAUGUGACAUUUGUUCAAAAACAUUUGCACUGAAAUAUAACUUAGGAAGGCACAAUCUCAUCCAUACUGGAGAAAAGCAGUUUAAAUGUGAAACUUGUUCAAAAACAUAUGCACAUAAAUCUAGCUUGGUAAGUCACAAUGUUUACCAUACUGGGAAAAAGCAGUUUAAAUGUGACAUUUGUUCUAAAUCAUUUACAUGUAAAUCUUACUUGGUAAGUCACAAUCUUAUCCAUACUGGAAAAAAGCAGUUUAAAUGUG